CCUUCUGAUACAGCAUGGCUCAAGCACUCUGACCAACUCUGCCUGGAAGCGUACUGUUGUGGACUAUAUCUCACCACUGAACCUUGACUGCGCUUUGUGCAUUUCGUCCAGACCGGUAGUUUUCUUUCCUAAUCUGAAGACAGCGCUUCAGGACAGCGUCAACAUAAAUUCCGUCUGUAAACGUCAGGUCUGACCGUACACACAGAGCGCAGGUUUUCAUUCAGAUGUUGGAGAAUGAGGUGCCAGUGGACAUACGCUGCUGUUUUCAUUCACUCCAACUAACUACAGUGACCAACCGUGCUGAACACCUUCAUGCUCUUGGAAUGGGAGGUGAACACUGAAAGGACCUGAAAACUGUAUAAUUAUUUCUUUCUCCGUGGAAAACUAUACUCGCUAAAUCGCACGAAAGGAUGUGCUUGAGAUGAACGCAUUAUCGGGUCGGACUACUGACAGACAGCGAGCGCAUUAACUGGCUUCGUACUCUUUCUUCUAGUAAUUUACAUGUAAGUACUGCGACUCUGUCAUUCCUCGCACUGCGGUGGUAUAGGUCAUCAUAUUUUAUACAGUAAAAGAAACAUAAGUUAAAGAGAACAGAUUCCGCACGUGGGAUAUUCAAGGAAAAACGGCGCAGUUCGUCAUCACCGGAUCGUUGUAUUGAAGGGGACUGCGAUUGAAACUUUCAGAAAUGCCGCAGGUGGAGAUGUUUUAUUUACUGUUUAUCAGCCUGUGGAUGUCUGUGUUGGGCCUGGAUCCAGCGUCUAAGGUUGUGGCGGAUCGCUACGCUGUCUUCUGGAACCGAACAAACCCAAGGUUCUACCGAGGAGACUACCACAUUGAUGUCUGCAUUAACGAUUAUUUAGACGUAUACUGUCCGCACUACAUGGACACAAUCCCUGAGGAACGGACUGAGCGCUACGUCCUCUACAUGGUCAACUAUGACGGCUACAGCUCCUGUGACCACACGGCCAAAGGCUUCAAGCGCUGGGAGUGCAACCGACCUCACUCACCCAAUGGGCCUCUAAAGUUCUCUGAGAAGUUUCAGCUUUUCACACCGUUCUCACUGGGUUUCGAAUUUCGGCCAGGCAGAGAAUACUACUAUAUCUCAUCUACGCUGGCUGAAAAUGGGAAACGGAGCUGCUUAAGGCUGAAAGUUUUCGUCAGACCUACGGACAAUUGCGAUAAAAGUCACGAUCGCGUCGACAAACCCAAUGAUGGAAGCAUUAACGCUAUAGAAAAUAAUAAUGACGGAACAAGUCACGAAUCUGCUGAGCCAUCCCGAAGUGACGUGAACAGCGCGGGACGUGUUCAGACUGUUGGGCCUUUGUUGGCUUCAGUUCUGGUGCUUCUUGCCUCUCUCUCUUGCUUAUAGCGUCCCAUACAGACCUUAAGUAUACAGGAGGACUCGUGAUCGAGCACUUUUAAGAAACAUUAGAGAUCUUUCUCUCGACUGAAAAGUAGUUUCUUGCACCGGAAGAGACGCGCCGAUGUAACUAGAUGGUUUUUGAUGAACACAAGUCCCACAAAACCGUCUCUCGUAGACCCAUAAAAAAACAAGCGUACAAAAAUAGGUCUGUGUCCUCUCGGUGCCCCCAUGUGACGCUGGAGAGGGCCUUGUAAUUGGGGGCAGAGGAAGAAAAGGACUCUCUUUCACAAAGACCUCUUUCAGUGUUGCUGAAGUCUUCUAACAAGAGCGAGAGGACUAUCUGAGGGAUCUCUACAGGUGCAUUGUGGGUAAACGUCGUCACUAUGGACUCGACUGCUGACUCUACUAGAUAUCAGGGCACUUUGUUGCCUGAUAGCGUAAACCUCAUACAGAGGGAGCGCAGGGAGCUUUUUAAUAUCUCAACCGGAGUAGUCCGCUCGGACUCAGGUGCUCAGGUGAACGGUGACAAUUUUUGAAGAGUUUUCGUAGAUUAAAGAAAAAGAAAAGCACUCGUUUUUUUGUACAUUGUGUACAGGUGGGACUGAAAUGCAGAUGUGGUGUUCUUGAAGUAAAAACGCUCAAGUGUAGCUGCCAAAAUCGAUGUUUUGUUAGGAGUACGAAGCCUCACGGAUCAGUGGUUUGAGUGAAUAUACUAAUUUGUUUGGUGAAUCAUCUUUUUUCUUAUUUAUUGUUCAGUCUUAGUGCUCUUGACACUUUGUUUGUGAUAGUCAUCUGCCAUCAUUUGGGAGAAAGGAACACAACUUAGCUUCAGUCAACUUACAUUGGUUUAGAUGAUAACUUGUCAUUAUGGGUUAACGUUUUAGCAGGUCAAUCCUUGAUAUGUUAUCAGGGAGAAAAAUGAUCUUUUCAUAUCACGUCUGUCAGCGGUCAUAAUACUUCUAACAAUCUGGAGUCAUUCAGUUGUUUUAGAUUUUAAUUUUUACAAGUCUCGUAACUUCAUUACGUUCAGUCUUGGUGACAUUUGAGACGCUUCACAAAAAGUGGACUUGAUUCUAAAAAUCUCAUUUUGUUUUGUUUUGUUAAAUUAGAGCCACACUUUAUGUUGUUUGCUGUCAAAAAUUCCAUUAAAUAAACACUGCUCUUUGAUAACCUCUAAAUAUAUAUCAACAAAACACUGUUCGCAUGACUUUAAUUACUGUAUUAUUUAUUUAGAGACAGAAACAAGCUUCCAUAAAAAAUGGAUAAUUAUUAGGUUGUGAAUAUUUUUUAGUAAAAUGAAAAUCCUCUGAUUUUCACCCGCUUCAAAUGUUAUCACUCGAUUGAAUGGGCGUUAUCAGCUGAUAGAUAUGGGCCAGCAGGGGCCUUCUGCGCCUACUGGUAGGCUCAGAAAGCCGUUAUCAUCCAUCUACAUGAUUAAUCAGCUAUACUAAUAGAGAAGACUCCAAAUCCAGAUCUGUUUUGACAUUACUGUGAUGGUUGGGUUUAGGGUUGGGGUUGGGGUAGAGGCAGACAUUAAUAAAACACAAUCAAUGGUAAAUUUAAUAAAUAAUAUAAAUAAUUCUUAUGGUUAAUCAGCUUUACUAAUAGAGAAGACUCCAGAUCCAGAUCCAGAUCUGUUUUUACUUUACUGUGACGGUUGGGUUUAGGGUUGGGGUAGGGGUAGACUUUAAUAAAAUAUAAUUAAUGGGAAAUUUAAUAAAUAAUAAAAAUAAUUCUUGUUAACGUUCGGCCACAUUCAUAUGUGAUCUAUAGCUGAUCAACCAUGUGGAUGAAUGAUAACAUACUUCUGAGCCUACUAGUAGAUGCAAAAAGCCCCUACCCUGCAGGCACAGGGCGUCAUAUUGAUGUUGUACCCCAAUGUACCCUAACGUUGUGGAGACGUUGGAUUUAGUUUGGAAAUGAAAAUCCGGUUGACGUCAGAACUCAAUGUCAGGCUGACAUCAAUGUCCAACCUAAAAUCAACCUAAAAUUAACCAAAUAUCAACGUCUAUUCAUGUUACACCUUGAUGUUGUGUGGACGUUACCACUAUGACAUCUAUCAGACCUUAGAUUUUACUUCAACAAAACCUAAAAUCAACCAAAUUUCAACAUAAUUUGACGUCGUUAUUGGACUUCAAGAUAAUGUUGUUCUUAGAUGCUGGCUAGACAUUGAAUUUUGGUCACCUGACGUCAUGACCUAAAUCUAACCUAUUAUGAUGUGUGCCUGCUGGGUACUGGCCCAUAUCUAUCAGCUGAUAACGCCCAUUCAAUCAAAUGAUAACAUUCGAAUAGGCUGGAAGUAUCCAAAUAUUGAAGUAAAAUGUAAUGCAUUAAUAAUAUAAACACAGAAGCAUUCACCGUAAUGCCUUCUUGCCUGUAAACAUCACAAAUGUGACUCCUAAAUGAACAAAACCAGAACAAAAAAUGAAGAUUUAAAGUCUAUUAUUACAGAUGAGCAGAAGGAAGGAAAUAGUUGAAAUUAAAUUUUUCAAAUGCAUCCUGUCUUUCUAGCCUAAAGUCAUCACAAUGAACAGCAUUAGCAUUUUAAUUGGGUCAACAAAAACUGCUAAUUUAUGUAAAAAAAAAAAAAAGAAAUGUUUUAAAAGGAUUCUUCUUGUUUCUAAGCAUGAACUAAAAGCAAUUAAAUUAUUUUCUUACAUCCUCGAAGCGAAUUCUCACACAGGCUUUUCUUUAAUCAACAUGAAUUGUGCUGUUUUUUAUUUAUUUUUUUAAAAACACAGAGCCGUCCGCACUAAAAGCUCAUCUGAGAUGUCCUGAAACAGUAGCGGGACGCUGCUUCCACCCGGGUGGCAACUGACACCCUAACGUGAUUUAAUAGGCUCUUUGAUGUUGUCCAAAGUGCCUGGCACGCAGACCACAUACUGCGAGGCCUCAUGUGGGUUAUUUCUGGAAUUAAAAAAAACGACAGCAGCACAGGAGGAGCGCGGUGUCCAGUUCAGCCGCAGGCUAGCGUUACUCCAGUGAACUUGGCCAGAGAUGGAGAAAGAUGAGAUCUCCUGCUGGGAUCAAUAGUAAUGGCCUUUACAGACACAAAAACAGGGUAAAUAUUUGCCCCGCUCCUUGUUCUCCUUGCUUGAAUGCUUUUCCUGUUUUUCAUUCACAUCUACGUAUCGACGUCUAUAUGGAUGCUGUGUAUCCGUAUGUUGUCUUGCAAAGCAUAUCAUGUAGUGAUUUGGAGCAUAAAAGAGAUGAGAUGAAGCAUUAAUCUAGUCAAAUCAGAUAUGUUUGGUCAUACUACAUUUACAGUCAGAUUACAUUUGAUUACCUUAGAUUGUUUGGUAAGCAUUAAAAAUAAGGCAACUAAAAUAGUAAUUACUUAUAACAAUGUGCUUCAAAAGACAUCCUCAUUCUUUAAAAAUCUCCUGUGGAACAUUUUAUGGCUCCACAAAGCAUUGCUGUCGUCCAUUUAUUGUCAUGGGAACAAACCUAGAAGGACAUCGUUGGGUUUAAUUCAGGAAAGGGUAUUUUUGUAAAUGGCCUGUAGUGUCUGUCUUUGUCCAUAUGCAACAUUUUACACCGAGGUCAAAGGAAUCUCAUUGAACGUCCUGGGUUUUUUCCACCACAAGGCAGUUGUGUUCCUGUGUUCUCUCCUCAUUUUGGUCCCGGUGUUAGACAUCAUUUCCUAAAUCUUUCCACACCUGCUUCUUCAUACAGCUGUGGAGACCAUGAUAUCUAAACCACCAUUUCCCUUCGCUUCUUGGCUGUGUUGCCUGAAUAUUAGACUUUUGCUGUGACGUUGCCGACGGUGCAGCGCUGACUUGCAUUAUGAUAUGACACCUUUUUAUAUCUUCAAAUGCCAUUGUUUGUAAAUACACUUGCUGGAACAGCUCAAAUAAAUGAUUCAAUAAAUUUGUCAUUGUUGUAAGAA